AUGUCCCCUUUAUCCACGUCUGGCAUCACUGCCUCGCCGCAAUCACGUUGGUACAAGACUCCCACGACCGAUGCCGAUUUUAUUGCGGCUGGCCGUGCGGAGAACUUCGCCAGCAUUCGCGCGGUCUAUCGCGAACUUUCGACAAUUACUGAACGGGUUAAGGACGAUAUGAUUGCCAUUACUGCGUUCUUGGACAAACAUGAACAGUUCGACACCCCUUCUCCGUCCGAGGACGAAGUUGUGGAGGGCAAUCCCUUCGAUAUGAACGUGGACUAA